AUGCGGACGGUUUUCUUGUCCUUGGGCUUGCUGUGUGCGGUGGUAGGACUGUCGGUUGGGCAGGACACGAGAAGGAAUUUCUUCGAGUUUCUCUUCGACGUCGAGAACAGGCUCCAGAAUGGGCGUAUCGUUGGUGGCUCCACAGUGUCGAUUGCGCGGUAUCCUUUUAUCGCCUCUUUGCGCCGUUACUCCAAUCACAUUUGCUCCGUGUCGGUAAUUUCGACGUUCCACGCUGCAACGAGCGCUCACUGCACGUACUCGUUUAAAUCACUAACAGGUGUGACCAUUUACGGUGGCAGUACUAGCCGCACGACCGGUGGCAGAGUUUUCGUUGUAUCGGAUAACUUCAUCCAUCCGGAUUAUGAUCCGGACACGUUCGAUCUGGAUGUGGCUGUACUGCGGGUGAAGACACCCUUUACUCCCAACACUAACAUAGCCGCCAUACCGCUCGUACCUGUGGGCUAUACUAUAAGCGAUCGGAUCUUGCCCACCGUCACUGGGUGGGGCCGCACAUCGUCCGGUGGGGCUUUGUCUCCUUCGCUGCGAGCUGUAGCUAUCCCCGUCGUUAGUACCAGCACGUGUCAAUCGCUGUGGAGUGCUGCAUCAAUCACAGAAAACAUGAUAUGCGCCGGUUCCAAGGGAAAGGAUGCCUGUACGGGUGAUAGCGGUGGAGCGCUGGUGGUUCCGGCGAACAACUACUUCCUCCUGGCCGGUAUGGUGUCCUGGGGAUCGGCCUCGUGUGGUAGCGAAUAUCCCGGCGUUUAUGUCAACGUAGCUUCCGCAAAAAUUCAAAGCUUUUUAGCGCAAUAUCUUUGA